AUGUUUGGCGUGUCAAAUUGGCUCAUCGCGGCCACCGUGGCCAUUGCCACGGUCGUCUACUGGCUCUUCAAGGCAAUUUACAUGCGGACUAGAUUCAGAGGCCUGCCUCAACCGCCAAAACACUCAUGGAUCUGGGCGCACACCACUAUCUGGGAGGAGCUGGCGGCGACCCUCCCGCCUUUCACCCACCCGCAGCACAUCUACACCAUCAUGGCGCAAAAGUACAACCUCGGCGGCAUCUUCUACGUUGACAUGUGGCCGUUCGUCGAGUCCCAGGUCGUCAUCACCGACCCGGACGCCGCCCAGCUCGUCCUCACGACGAACCCAUACCCGAAGCACCCGACCAUCGAAAAGUUCCUGCGCCCCUUCACGGGAAAGGACAGCAUCGCCGCCUCCAACGGCGAGCGCUGGAAGUACAACCACCGCAUGGUCGGCUCCGGCUUCACGCCGACCUACGUGAAACCCAUGGUCGGCAUGAUUGCCGAGCAGGUCCUCAUCUUCCACGAGCGGCUGCGCGAGUUUGCGGGAAAGAACGAGGCCUUUAACAUGGAAGAGGAGUCGGCCAAGACCAUCUUUGACGUGGUUGGUAAGAUCGUCUUUGGCGUCUCGCUCGAGGCGCAGAGGUCCGGGUCGCCGCUGCUGGAGGACUUGCGUGCCUCGAUUAACCCCGCCACGACGUUCAUUGGCACCCGCAACCCGUGGAAGAAGCGCAAAGCUCAGCAGAGUUUGCAAGCCCUCAAGGACCGUGUGAGGGACACCCUCGCUGGUGAGAUGAAGGAGAGACUGCGCAUUCUUCAGGAUGAGAAGGAGUUGCCUUCAAGGAGGCAGGUUAAGAGUGUCCUGGACCGGAUCGUCCUCGACAGAAUCCAGAGCGGACAGGGCGCGACCCUUGACGAUGAGUUUAUCGAUACCGCCGUCACGAAUCACCUUAGCAAGAACCCGUCACUGACCCGCAACAGCCUCAAGGCCCUCCUCCUCGGCGGCCACGGCACCACCACGGACACCUUCACCUGGGUAACCAUGUUCCUCUCCCUGUACCCCGACAUCGUCGCCCGCCUGCGCACGGAGCACGACGAGCACUUCUCUCCGGACCUCGACACCACGGUCGAGAUGCUCGUCGCGAACCCAACCAAGACCAACAACCUGGACUUCACCAACGCCGUCAUCAAAGAAACACUGCGCUUCUUCCCCAUCGGCUUCACUAUCCGCCAGGCGCCCGAGGGCGUCACCCACCUCGACUGGAACGGCCGCCGCUGGCCCGUCAAGAACCUCAUGGUCAUUCCCUGCGCGCACUCGACGCACAUGGACCCGAAGGUCUGGGGCGAGGACUCCAAGAGCUUCCGACCCGACAGGUUCCUGGGCGAGGGGGCCAAGAAGAUGCACCGCUUCGCGUGGCGGCCUUUCGAGCGUGGCCCUAGAGCGUGUAUCGCACAGGAUUUGGCAAUGGAUGAGCUGCGCAUCAUGCUGCUUUUGACAGUGCGGUGGUUCGACUUUGAGACGAUUGUGAAUGGUACGACACAGAGGGUUGGUUACAUGGAUCUGGACCAGAAGGUUGGCGACCUGGCUUUCCAGAUGGUUGGUAUGGAGGCCAGACCGAGAUAUGAUAUGAAGAUGAAGGUGCACUUGAGGGAAGAGUAG